AUGAAGACCAUCGUAACGAUCGCGCUUCUUCUCGCUGUUGUCUCCGCGGUGGAGCUGAAACCGGAAUCAAAGAAGCAUAAGCGCGGAGUAGCGUUUUUCGGAUCGCCUGAUUUCUUCGGGUUCGUGCCGGCCUUCGCUCCUUCGUCGUGGGCUCCCACGGGCUUCGCGGCUUCGGCCUGGAAUCCACCGAUCCACUCAGACGUAGCGCUCGCACAGAUCCAAGCUCAAGCCACGCACAAUGUGGCACUUCAGGCGUUGAAGGAUCCGGCGCCCGGUACGCCCAGCAUCGCGUACCCGCCCGAGGUUCUCAGAGCGAUUCAGCAGGCAAAGGAGGCGAACAGCAAUGUCGCGAUGGGGCUGCACAAAGUUGCGGAGGCGAAGCAAGCCGCGCUGAUCCAACAGAAAAUUGCAUUGGCAAAGGAGGCGGCGGCGCGGGAGGCUGCCGCGAGGUCGCAUGAAAUUUCGCAGUACGCCGAGACCCAGGCUAAAUCCAGCGCCCGACAGCUCGUGGCGCUGCAACAGAGAUUAGCGACCCUAAAGGACGCUGUGGCAGCUGCACAGAGAGUAGCGGCGGCGAGGGAAGCCGCCGCAGCUGCGGCAAUCCAAAGAAACGCGGCCAACACCGCCGCGGAAUUGCGAAAGCUGGAUGUUGAUAAGCAAAUUAGUCAGAGCGAACAGGAAGCUAAGGAAAAGGACGUAAUAGCUGCAAAAGAAAACGCAAUAGCAGCUGCGGUCCAGCACGCGAGCUUACAGAAACCUAUUCAUCAUCCUUGGGGUUGA